AUGAAAUUAUCCCAACAGUCGUCCUUCAAUAGUUUCUGUAGUUCCAUAUCAAAUUCCAGUGAAUUGAAGCGAACUUGUUCAGACUUUGAAGAUACAAUGCCAGCGCCUAAGAAAAAUAAAAUUGAUAUUCUGACUUCGGAAUUAGUAUUAGCACUAGAUAGAACUAAAACUAGUAACAGAAAUGCGAUGUACAUCAUUUCUGCUGUUAUUCAAAGUUUAGGACUUGAGAUUGAUAAAUAUAAUUUAAGUUACUCCACUAUUCGCAAUGCGCGUGUUUCAAAAAGAGAAGAAAUUGUCGAUACGAUCAAAGAAGAAGAAAUUUUUGAUGACUCUCUCGUAGUGCACUGGGAUGGAAAGAUGCUUCCUGCGGGAAAUGGUCAACCAAAAGCAGAACGAUUAUCAAUACACGUCACCGGAAUGAAUACUGAUAAAAAUUUAAAAACUCCGAUUCUCUCUGAUGGCACAGGUGAAAGCCAAGCUUCAGCCAUUUUUGAAACGCUGAUAGAGUGGGAUCUUUGCGAUAAUGUUAAAGCAAUGUGCUUUGAUACAACUAGUUCAAAUACCGGUUGUUUUAAUGGCGCAUGUGCAUUAUUAGAAGAUAAAAUUGGCCGUGACUUAUUAUAUCUUACUUGUCGCCAUCAUACUUCUGAAUUGAUGUUACGAAAUGUUGCAGAAGUUGCUUGGCCAGUGACGAAUAGUCCAAAUGUACCAAUUUUCAAAAGACUCAGAGAUAAUUGGGAAAAAAUUGAUAAAUCUGCGUAUGAAAUCGGCACAGAGGAUAAAGAUAUUGCACUUAUUUUAAAUCAAAGAAAAGACGAUAUGCUUGACUUCAUAGAAAAUCAACUGAAGGUAUUAAUUAAUUCAUAA